GCUAGAAAACUACGAUCGCUGCCUGCUCCCUGGUGGUGGAGGAAGCUCUGCCUCUGCAUAUAAGGGCAGGCUUGUGAACACAUCGAAGGAACAAGUCAGGCUUUUACAGUUGAAUCAGUAGAAUAAAUACGGACAGCAUGAUCAAUCGGUCUGUCUGGAUCCAGCACCAGAAAAUGAACAGGGAAGAAAUGUCAGGGCAAGCAGGUGUAGCAUCGGUCUCUUGAAGUUCAAGUCGGUAGAUGUUCGUUGCUGGUGUAGUCGGUAGAUGCUCAUUGCUUCGGUCACAGAUGAAGUCGGCUACGAAGUAAACGCAGCAUUAUUUUAACAUAGCUAGAACACAACCACCGCUUUAGCCAUCCCCCUCUCGCAACUAUUUCCCCCUGUUCUGAUUUAAGCAGCAGAAAAUUUAGGACACAAACACUGUAGAAGGAAUUUUACGUGUUUUCGAGGAUUCAAUACAUAAAUAUGGUUACAUGGAACCAACUCUUUUCGGAAAAUUGCUGCCUCCUUUUCACCACUGUUUGUACAACGUCUUUUCUCAACGGACCAAAUAAACACUCCAAAAAUGUUUUAUAGGAUUCAAUUAAUUAUCUUGUGGUCGUUGUUGUAGUUCCUCUGUAACGUCUAAAAACUAAAGAUGGCCACGUCAUGACAUGAGAUAGACAGGAUUGACGACGUGCCCUUUAUCCAUAUCACUAGCUGCGUCGUGAGACGACAGCCCCUCUCUCUCGCUAAGGUCUUCGAGAAGGGAGGUGUCGUUUUCGAUUUCAUCAAGUCCGUCUGCGCUAUAUUAAGUGGACUCCUACGUGGUCCAUUCGGGCUUGUUAACGUGAUAAACUCCUCAUCCUGUCCGACUCCCACGAAAUGUCGCGUGUUGGUCUCGCAAAUUUCAAGCUGCAGGCGGCUGUGCCUGCACAGCAUGACCAAGUGUGGCGAGAGAACCUCAACCGAGAACAAUGGGACCACCUCUACCACUCAAGGCGAGUCGAGGACCCAAAGCGGAAAUAUACCUACAAGUACAGUUAAACUUGGACUCCUUUUCUAAGGUAAAAACCAAAAACCAAACCAUGGAGUGAGUGUUCAAAAAUACUUUGCUCCUAUUAAGAGGAUGCUAAAGCAGGAAAAGGUACUUACAAUCAAGCACUGAACAUUUCUGACUCUUCAUGUGACUUUCAGCACUGUAACUAUUGCUCAAAUGAUGUUAAUAAGUUUAAGUUGCACAAAUAAAACUUCUUCUUCCGACCCCUACAACUUGACAACAACUGAAGAACUAUUACGUUUGUUCUGUGACUACCACAGGAGUGCUCAAACGGAAGGAAAGGAUAAAUUUGGUAAAACGUGGCACAUUAUGAGCCAUGUCCACAGUUCUGCGGCUGGUCAAGGAAGUUACCACUAUAACGUGCAUAAGCCCACAGGGAACGUGCAGGUACUGAUACUUGAAGGACGUCAUAAGCCCCACUGAGGUGAUACACAUGACGUGAUGAACAUUGAAGAAGACAUCGUGUUGAGUACAACUGACACUGAUAAACAACAUCGAUUUAAUCUUGUUGUGAAACAUGAAGAACAACAAUUACGUGUGUUUUUUGAUUAUGGUAACUUGUUUAUGAUGGAGCAAGUAGCUCCUGGGGUACUAGUAUUCGAUCCUUACACCCAAAAACUCGAUUCUCCAACCCAUAGUACUACCCAUUCAACAGUUGCAUCAAAAGUUUCAUCAUCUCCCCGCUCCAGUGUUACCACCCGUCGUCGUCGUUUACGUACGUACCGCACGUUUCCGACGCUACAAAUAACGACAACCAGAAACUUCUCAAGCAAACAGCAUUAUUUGCCAAUGCACCUCAGCCACAGGGUCUGGCGGACUAUCUUCUCAGCCGUAAGCACCGCGAAGCACAGCUCUACAGAAACGGGGGUCAAGUUGUAUGACAUCAGAGCUUGAUUCUCAUCUUGAAAUUUGGUUCCGUAGCUAAGUACUUAUCAAGUAGUCGUGUAAUGAUGUUUAUUUGGCUGGUAAAAUCGGAGACAAAUGACAUGAAAUGUUGUAUUCUUGGGAUUCUUACUUAGCCGAAUUUUUCAAGCUGGGGCUACUUACUUAUAAGUUUGAAUAUAUUUCUGUUCGUUGGUGUUGUGUAAAUUUAGUUUGACCAACAUUAUGAUUUCUAUUCUCAGUCUCCGUGACUUUUGUCCCCUUCUCUCUCCCUUCAUUGUCUUCGCGAAGACGCGCUACUAGUCUGGAGAAUCUUGGCUACGAUAAGAGCACCUACAACGAAGCCUACUACAAGGAGGGUCUCUUUAACAGCGACACGCAUAAUCAGCAUGAUGCGAGGACGCAGAGCGCACGAUUCCAAGUACCGGGAUCGUUGCUCUUAAACCACUCAACGCCAUUCGAUGGCCGAUUACAGCCAGGACCAGAUCAUGGUAGACCGCAGACAACCUACAAUGUCAAUAGUCACCAGAGCGGCCCAGAAUAUUAUGGCUUGAUUUUAUUCGACGAUACGAGUGAAAAAGAAUAUUAUAUAUUCUGAACUCCAACUACUUGUUGAUUGAUGUUGCCGGAUCAGUCCCUCGGUCACUACCUAUAGGUGACACCUUCCGAGGCACUCACGGGACUGGUCGUUCAAGUGGGGUUCUUUAAGUGCUUCGCUGGUCGACAGACAGUGAGAGCCUCAGAAUACGCACAUGUCACCCACGAAUCUAUCUAAGACGAUUCUCUUACUUGUACCAACUCUCUCAUUAUCUCUUACUUACAUUUACUCUAUCUUCUAAGACGAUUCGCAGCUCUACUAUCCCGAAAACGAACCAGCUAGUGGCACUAGCAGUAGGGGAAGAGGAGGAGCGCAGCAAUCACCAGCUGCCGGACGUAGCUCUAGCAACAUUAUGCUCUAGAAACUUUUUGUAGCUUUCGGCAUUAUACAUAGAUAUGUAAGUCAAGAAUGAAGAUCUACAUCCAUAGGUGUAAAGAAAUUAUUUUCAUCCUAAAUACGUCUAAACACAUUUGUCGUUUAGAAGCAUCAUCAUCUUCUUCUUUCUCUUCCACAGAUAAUAGAAUCAAAGGUGUGUGACGAGUUCUCACUCCAUAUCUUCUCAACGUUUGUUUCUUCUUCUUCUCAGAGCACUGAUGUUCUCAAGUUUGUUUCUUCUUCGUCUUCUCAAACAGCUCUAAUUGCCACAAAGGAGGCGCACUAGCGGGUACGCGUAGCGGAAAAGGACCGUCAAAACUGCGAAUGGCAUCCACACAUACAGGUGGUUUCUUUCGAGAUGUCCACGGAGCAGGGAACCCAAAUUUACGGUCUAUCAAAAAUUUGUUCUCGAUGUCAAGUUGUUCAUGAAUAUGUUCAUCCAGAUGUGUAUGUCGAGUAGACCAUCCUAGAUGUGUAUCCUAGUACCUAGAUGUGUAUCCUAGUACCUAGAUGUGUAUCCUAGUACCUAGAUGUGUAUCCUAGUACCUAGAUGUGUAUCCUAGUACCUAGAUGUGUAUCCUAGUACCUAGAUGUGUAUCCUAGUACCUAGAUGUGUAUCCUAGUACCUAGAUGUGUAUCCUAGUACCUAGAUGUGUAUCCUAGUACCUAGAUGUGUAUCCUAGUACCUAGAUGUGUAUCCUAGUACCUAGAUGUGUAUCCUAGUACCUAGAUGUGUAUCCUAGUACCUAGAUGUGUAUCCUAGUACUUUAGUAUCAAGUACUUAUUGUCCUUUUCUGUUGUAUCAAGAAGUAUGAAGCGUUCAAGUCAUGUACUUCUACUACAAGCCCCUGAGUCCCUCAUAUAAGUACCUUAGUUUCGUCUCUUCAUCCAAUGAAAAUUUCGAUGACCAUUCAAUAUCCGCAUAGCUCCCUCUGAAGUUCUUUCAUUGUGCAGGCCUGACGUGUACGACCAAACAAUAGGACGAUUUGACGCUAUCCGUGACGAUAAAGUGAGAAAUCUUAGCGAGUCGGCACGAAAGAAGCACGCCUUUCUCGACUCGCAAGGAGAUCCUAGUGUGACUAAUCCGAAAGUUAGGUAUAUUCUUCAACCUGAUGGUUCAUUUUCAGAGAAGAAAUAGUUCCUGUAUGAUCGUGAGGUUUUCUGCAUAGCAAUGAAAAGAAGAUCGACCACGCGCACAACUAGAAUUACUAGAAUCUCAGGUGUGGAUGUGGGGUAAUUUGACGACUCAUCUGUUUCCACAUAGUUCAGAUGAAUAAGUAUUUGAGACGCAUUGAUGAUCUUUCCACCAUACGAAACCCACAGGUACGCGCAGACAGUCUCAGGACCGUUUUUUCAGGCAGGCUUGGAGCAGGAGGUGGCGAGUAUUAACCGCACUGCAGAAGGCCCAUUGGGAACCCUGAACCAACGAGAGGAGUUCCAUCCGCCAAGGUAGUACUUAAAAAGUUCUCAGAAAAACCAUAAAGUUCUAGUUCACGACCUCUUGAAAAGUCAUAAUAGAAGAUGUAUGCGAAUUACGUGCUUGGUCUUUCUAGAAACUACUCCUGAGCAAUGUUGAAGAAGAACAAGAAGUCAUCAGGGUUAGCUUUAUGAAGAUCUGCAUAAUCAAAUCGUCGUUCUCCUCCCAUCUCCUACAAGGUACAAAAUUGGUCCGCGUGAAAUGAAUGCCGCACGGCCGCGACGCACUAAUCAGCCGCAGGUGACGAGCUUCCAGCGCAUCUACCAGUUAUAGAAAUCGACGGUUUUUUAGGAGCGGCACUUCUAAUCGUGGAAAUGGAAUUAAUUUAGAGGUGUUUAGUAGUCGUUUCUACUUCUUCGUCCACCUACAAUCAAUUAGAUGAAAAUAUGUCUAUUCUCUUUCUCUCAAGAAUAUGGUAGUCAUAUAACAAGAGAACAAGUGAUUCAUUGUGUCUGUAAUUUUCGCAAAGUAGGUGUAUGACGAUGUCAUGUUGAAGCCAUUUAUUUUUCCAAAUUUGCUAACCGAAAAUCCUAGUAAUUUGCUGUCAUUCGUAACUUCAAUUUGCAACACCUAUUUAGUUCUUCUUUGUCAUAACAUUCCUGCACGUUCUUCUCCUCGGCUAUUUAUUGAUAUCUUCACUAUUCUCCGAACAACUGGCUCCUCCUGUCAUGAUCUUUGUGUGAUAUUAUAGUAUGAUAAGAACUACUAAUUAUGUAGUUCACGCUAUUAUUAGUCAUGGUACAAGCGAAGGUUAAAAAGAACUACUAUUAUUAGUCAUGAUGGUUCUAGUCUAUAGUCCUCGUAGGGUACUUGUGAUCUUUCAGAAGUAACAUCUUGUCAUCAGAAACAUGUAAGAUAGGCAUAGACAAGUCUAACGAGUUCUAGAGAUACCCGUUGUCAUAUUUAGAAGCACUCUUCUCUGUCAGAUCUAGGAUGUUAGUAUGUGUUUGCUCCAGUAGUUUGAGGUUUGAAUAGCAUGACUUGGCACUCUAUAUGAUUCAAGUACCACCACAAGAAGCAAGGCUCCUGUCUUGAUGGGACGUCCCGACAUGUAUGAAUCUGUGAUUAGAGUGACCUUGAUGUUUGACAUGCUAACCCUCGACAAUUGAUGGUAGGUCACAUCAAAAGAGCACCAUCAGCAAACCAGAUUUUGAAGCUUGCAACAUCGUAGUAGCGUACUACAACAACAAUGUAUCCAUAUAUUAUAGUUUUCACUUGGAUUGUUCUCAAAUUGCUACAUAUUAUUCGAUCGCCGUGCUAUUAAGUUGAAAUGUAAUCCGAUUACAGACUACGAAGAACCAAAUAGACCUACUGCAAGAACCUCGACAGGAGAGGAAAUUCAUUAUUGUUCUUGUAUUCGUUGAUGCAGUGGUGAAGCUUCUGCUUUCUUGCUCAUUUAUUUGUCUCGCCACUUAAUAUGUCUUCCUAUUAAAAGCAUCUUCUUCUUAAAGUAGAUGAUAAUAAAU